AUGGAAUUCUUAAAGCCUCCUGAACCGUUACGCCUGAGUGGCGACAUUGCCAAACAAUGGAAGCUUUUUAAGCAAAAAUUCGAGCUUUUCCUAGCAGCCUCGGUGCCAAGAGACAAGCCUCGGGAUGAUAGCACGAAGACUGCCCUACUGUUCAGUUUGGGAGGUGAAGAUGUGUUGGAAAUCUACAACAACUUCACUUUCACUGAAGACGCCGAAAGAAUGGACUAUGCGACCGUCAUCAAGAAAUUCGAUGAGUACUGCGCAGCGCAGGUGAAUGAAAUACAUGAGCGGUACCUAUUUCGACGACGAGUCCAAGCAGUCCAACCAUUCGCAAGGGACCUGAGGCACCGGGCGAAAUCGUGCAACUUCGGCGUAAUGGAAAAUUCAAUGAUCCGGGACCAAAUUGUAUUUGGAACGAGCGACGACAAAGUGCGCCAGAAGCUGCUAAGGGACAAGGAAUUGACUCUGGCGAAAGCUGAGCAGGUGUGCAAAUCCACCGAGUUGUCAGAUGCACAAAAUCAACUUUGGGAACGCGAACAGCGUCAAGUUGACCAUAUCCAAGCAAGGCCAAAGGAAACUGUUGCAUUCCCAGUAUUUAAAUGCAGUAGGUGUGGUCGGGAGCACGGCUUGAGGAAUUGUCCGGCGUUUGGACGCACCUGUAGACGAUGCGGAGGCAAGAACCAUAUUGCUGUGCAAUGCAAGAGCAACAGGCAAGUGGCAGAAGUCAAUGCUGACGAAGACUUCACGACUCUCGACGUAUCGGUCGAUACUGUCGAAACCCAUCGUGACUGGGUAGCAGAGGCACUAGUCGGCAGCAAGCACAUCAACUUGAAAGUGGACACCGGUGCACAAGCGAACCUUCUGCCGUAUGGUAUGUACCGCGCAUUACAGCCCGCGGCACAAAUAAGAGAAAGUAAUGCAGUGCUACGCUCCUAUGGGGGAGGAAUCAUCAAGCACUUCGGGGUAGCCAGAUUGAAGGUCACAGUUGGCAAGACGGCGACUGAAGUCGACUUCUUCCUUGUAAAGAAGGGGCGCGCGAUUAUUGGUCUCGAAGCAAGCGAGUGCCUGGGGCUCUUCGUCAGGUCGGUUGAUGCAAUGACAACAAAGGGAACUAGAGAGUUCAUGCAGGAAUACAACGACCUCUUCACCUGCACCGGAUGCCUUCAGCGGCUGCACAAAAUGGUGUUGCGACAAGACGCCGUACCGACGGUCCAGAUGGCUAGACGAGUACCCCUGGCGCAGAUGAAACCACUGCGGGCUGAACUCGACCGGAUGCUCAAGGCAGGCAUCAUUGCCAAGGUGGAAGAGCCAACAGACUGGGUAAGGACGGUCAGCUACGUCAAGGACGGUCAGCUACGUAUAUGCAUGGAUCCUAGGAAAAUUAAUGAAGGUCUCAAGCGGGAGCACUUACAGAUGCCUCGUCGUGAUGACAUAGAAGCCGAGCUUGCGGGAGCACGAUAUUUUUCACGACUAGACGCCAAAUCUGGAUUUCAUCAAAUACCGUUACAUGAAGAAACAUCCAGAAUCUGCACGUUUUCGACCCCGUUUGGGCGUUAUCGUUUCCUCAGGCUUCCUUUUGGCAUAGCGUCAGCAUCCGAAGUAUUUCAAAGGUACAUGAACGAGAUCUUUGACGGAAUUCCUGGUGUAUGUGUGUACGUUGACGACAUCCUAGUAUGGGGCUCUUCAAGAAAAGAGCACGACGAAAGGCUACGAGCUGUCCUUCAGUCCGCGCGAAAGCAGUUCGUGCUGCCAGACCUGCUGUCGCGUGCCUCUCUAGGAAAACCGCAAAAGGAUGAAGCAGAAGAAGACAUCGAGAUUCACGCCGACAAGUCGUACGAGUGCGCGGAGACCGAUGGGAUACCAAAGCCAGAGUGA